AUGUACAACUCACGUCGUUGGCCACUCAUCAUAGAUCCACAGACACAAGCUAAUAAGUGGAUAAGAGCUAUGGGUAAAAUCGAAGGUUUAGUAAUUUGUAAGCCUAAUGACAGAGAUUUGUUACGGAACUUUGAAUCUGCUCUCCAGUUUGGGAAACCACUUUUAUUGGUAAAUGUAGCUCAAGAGCUUGACCCGGCUUUAGACCCUAUGUUGAAGCGUCAAUACUUCCGCCAAGCGGGGAAACUAGUUCUCAAACUUGGGGACUCUAUAAUCCCUUUUUGUGCGGGAUUCCGUUUAUAUAUAACAACAAAGUUACCUAAUCCAAGGUAUAACGCUGAAGUCUCGGUCAAAGUUCAAAUUGUUAACUUUGCUUUAGUGCCCAGGUAA